UUCCCUUCACCAACAUUUACUGAGCACGUACUAGGUACAGGCACCCACGGUGUCCCCCUCGGAGGCCCCAGAGAGGAGUGAAUAGUGAGGAUUUGCCUUGGAGGAACUUGCGCUGUGGUGAUGAUGAAGGACAUCCCACUGCAGAGGCAGCUUUGUUGCUGCCCUUCAAAGGACUUAUCACAACCAGGACUUUAAAUUACUUCCCCUGAGAUCAAGUAACACAAAAUGCUUUUGGAAGUGCUGAACCCAAGGCAUUACAAUGUCACCAGCAUGGUGUCCGAAGUUGUGCCUAUUGCCAGCAUUGCAAUCCUGCUGCUCACUGGAUUUCUUCUCUUGGUUUGGAAUUAUGAGGACACAUCCUCAAUACCAGGUCCCAGCUACUUUCUGGGAAUUGGGCCCCUCAUUUCCCACUGCAGGUUCCUCUGGAUGGGGAUCGGCAGUGCCUGCAAUUACUACAACAAGAUGUAUGGAGAAUUCAUGAGAGUCUGGGUAUGUGGAGAGGAAACCCUUAUUAUUAGCAAAUCCUCAAGUAUGUUCCAUGUAAUGAAGCACAGUCACUACAUAUCCCGAUUUGGCAGUAAACUUGGGUUGCAGUUCAUCGGCAUGCAUGAGAAAGGCAUCAUAUUUAACAAUAAUCCAGCACUCUGGAAAGCUGUUCGACCUUUCUUUACAAAAGCUUUGUCCGGCCCUGGCCUGGUGCGCAUGGUGACCAUCUGUGCUGAUUCCAUCACCAAGCAUCUGGACAGGUUGGAGGAGGUCUGCAAUGACUUGGGCUAUGUGGAUGUGUUGACCCUCAUGCGGCGCAUCAUGCUGGACACCUCUAACAUCCUCUUCCUGGGGAUCCCCUUGGAUGAAAGUGCCAUCGUGGUUAAAAUCCAGGGGUAUUUUGAUGCAUGGCAAGCUCUCCUUCUCAAACCAGACAUCUUCUUUAAGAUUUCUUGGCUGUGCAGAAAGUAUGAAAAGUCUGUCAAGGACUUGAAAGAUGCCAUGGAAAUUCUCAUAGAAGAAAAAAGACACAGGAUUUCAACAGCAGAGAAGCUGGAAGACUGCAUAGAUUUCGCCACUGAGUUGAUUUUUGCCGAGAAACGUGGUGAACUUACAAAAGAGAAUGUAAACCAGUGCAUAUUGGAAAUGCUGAUCGCAGCGCCAGACACCAUGUCUGUUUCUGUGUUCUUCAUGCUAUUUCUCAUUGCAAAGCAUCCCCAGGUUGAAGAGGCAAUGAUGAGGGAAAUCCAAACUGUUGUUGGUGAAAGAGACAUAAGGAUUGAUGAUAUGCAAAAGCUAAAAGUGGUGGAAAACUUUAUUAAUGAGAGCAUGCGGUACCAGCCCGUUGUGGACCUGGUCAUGCGCAAAGCCUUAGAGGAUGAUGUCAUCGAUGGCUACCCAGUGAAAAAGGGGACUAACAUUAUCCUGAAUCUUGGAAGAAUGCACAGACUUGAGUUUUUCCCAAAGCCUAAUGAAUUUACUCUUGAAAAUUUUGCCAAGAAUGUUCCUUACAGGUACUUUCAGCCAUUUGGCUUUGGGCCCCGGGCCUGUGCGGGAAAGUACAUCGCCAUGGUGAUGAUGAAGGUCAUCCUGGUCACCCUUCUGAGACGCUUCCACGUGCAGACUUUGCAAGGUCGGUGUGUUGAGAAGAUGCAGAAGAAAAAUGACUUAUCCUUGCAUCCAGACGAGACCAGCGACCGGCUGGAAAUGAUUUUCAUCCCGAGAAAUUCAGACAAGUGCCUCGAGUGCUAAAGAAGUUUGGUCAGUCCCUGCCCCAGAGCACUGCUCAACAGAAUUCCACAUGGGAACCACCCAUCUUUGCCAGGUGGUCCUCCUCACAUGAACAACCAUGGCCUGUGCCACUUUAUAGGCUUACCUCCUGUGGGUUGUCAGCUAGCCAGGAGACACGGUUCAUCUGACCAAAUCCAAACCAGACAGCAGACUGCAAGAGAAAAUAGAGGCCAAGAGUUUGUACCGGAAACGGCAGCCCUAAAGACCCAAUUCCACAACACAUGCUUUGCAUGAAAGUGAAAAGUCAAAGUGAAGUCGCUCAGUCAUGUCUGACUCUUAGCGACCUCAUGGACUGCAGCCUAUCAGGUUCCUCCGUCCAUGGGAUUUUCCAGGCAAGAGUACUGGAGUGGGGUGCCAUUGCCUUCUCCAUUGGAAAAGACAAGUCACCAGCAAAACUCACUCCAGCUCCUUACUGUCCUGCACUGAAUUGGGAGCUUUUUAACAUCUGGGGCAGAAGCACUCAAUUUGAUUACAAAGGCCAGGCCAACAUCUGCGUACCUCGGAUCAAACAUAUCUCCUAGUGUGAAUAAAACAGUUUUCAUUUGCUUUUUGGUGGGGUAGGGACUACAACAUCCAUACCCUUGGAGAAAUGCUUACAAAUUCAGCAUUUGAUUUUCCCUACAAUUAUAUUCAAUUAAGUCUUGUUUAUCUACAUGUGACUUGUCUGUGGAAAAAGUUAAAUUGAAGACUAUCCUUUCCCAAUUUCUCAAUUUAUUCCUCUCUUACCUCUGAUACAACAGGCGUAGAUUCAGGUAUAUGAAGACAAAGUAACUUAUUAAUAGCCUGAGUAAGAUAUAAUUAGUACCAUUCAUCUGCCACACUAAAAAAUUCACACAAUGCAUUUUAAAUUAAAUAAAAUUCCUCUUUUCAUGUCUGCAUAGUUGCUUAGCUCCAGGAGUGCAGUAACCAAGAGAUAAAUUUAGAUAAUGCCACCUGUUAACUCUUACUGAAGCUUUUGUGAUUUUUCAGUGAGGGUAAGACUCUGAGUGUAUAGCUAAAUCUACAACCCAGUAGGUUCAAACUUCUAAGGAAUGCUCCUUGUACCAUUAUCCUUCUCUCUCACCAUUUCUUCCCUCCUCUUUCUUUCCAUGACCCCAAGCCAAGAGCAACAAGCAUAUCAGGAGAGAACACAGCCAGGGUAGAACCCCUACAAUCACAUUUUAUCCUAGCUCCAAUUUAACAGUUACCUAUGAGAUUUAACAGUUAACCUGGUUUACUGAAUCACCACUAUAUGUAACCGUGGAAAAAUGCACAUCUUGGAAUUAGCGCCAAAUCAAACAGAUGAGUGAAUUUUCCAAGUAAUAAUAGUACUUUCCUUGUGUAUUAUUGAUAUGACCUUACAAGUGUAUCUGCUGAAUGCCACAUAAAAACUAAAAAGGUAAAUUCAUUUACAAACAUGUAAAUGUUUGCCAUUGAGUCAACCUGAAUAUUCUUCUCAUCCUGCUGUUUGGCAGUAGGGCAACAGCUGAGUAUAAAAUGAGAAUGUAAGCUCCUGAGAGUGGAAGCUCUUUUCUUUCUUUUGGAAUCCAUGCCUGUCCCUUCUUCUUACUCCCCAUAUUUGUUUUCAAGAUCAAUACUGAAUUGACACUCUGGCCCAGAGAUAUUCUAAUUGACCCAGAAAUCAAGUAAAGGAGAAGCAGUUAUCCUAAAAAUUAAAAGAUGGGCAUUAAUAAAGCAAAUAUUUGAAACUGAAA